AUGUAGGCCAAAAGCUCGAUGAGUUGUACACCAACAAAAUGUUGGAGUUCUGAACGCCUUUCUACGCUCUCGAAACAGCAACGUCUCGUGGCAUUGACUUGCGCAUGCCACAACCUUUGUCGGGUGGUCAGCAUCCAGAAGGCGGUGGGCGAGGUAAUGGAGGAGACCACGCAGGACCCGGUGGAGGAGGUGAUGGAGACGACUCAGGAUCUGGUAGUGGCGAAGCAAAGGGGAAGGGGCCAGGCGAAACGUCGUCGGAACCAAAGGGCUCCGGCGGAAAACGGUCCGACGAAAAAGGGUCCGGCGGAAAGGGGUCCGGCGGAAAGGGGUCGGGCGGAAAGGGAUCGGGCGGAAAGGGGUCGGGCGGAAAGGGGACGGGCAGAAAGCGUAGAGCGUUCGGGAGUCACGAGUCUAGCGGAACUGAAAGCCGCUGCGAAGGGAGUCGAGACUCGGAUAUGCGAGACGAGGCGGCCCUGAGGUCUUAUCAAGUGCGAGUACAUUCACACUUGUCUGCGAGGACUUUGUUUCACGACGUCGGCGAGCGCAAAGUGUUGGAGGGGCCCGCUGCAGGAGUGUUGGAGACCAGUCCUAGCGAGUAUGAUCGUUAUGCUUCGGAGGGUGCAUCCAUCGAUUUUAAGAGCAAGAGAGUGUUUGAGACCGGUGCUACCAAGCAUCAGUGUCAUGCUUUGGAGGGCGCGUCCGUGGACUUAGAGAGCAAGAGUACACCACCUCCGGGGAAAGGGGAGCUCUCACAGGAAGCGCAUGUUGUGCAGCGGGAAGAGGAAACUCAACAUUGGCCGCCUCACGAAGUGCGAGAGGGGCUCGAUGUAAGAGUGUUUGAGACCGGUGCUAGCGAGCAUCAGUGUCAUGCUUCGGAGGGCGCGUCCGUCGAUGUUGAGAGCAAGAGUGCAGCAGCUUUGGGGGAAGAGGACCUCUUACAGGAAGCGCAUGCUGUGCAGUGGGAUGUCGGGUUAGGCGGAGGUGAAAGCCACUGCGAAGGGAGUCGAGAUUCCAACACGGGAGACGAGGCCACCCUGGGGUCUUAUCAAGUGCGAGUAGAUUCGCACUUGUCCGCAAGGACUUUGUUUCAUGACGUUGAGGACAGUCCUCGCCGCAGUACGCAACACGCGUGUCCUGUUCAAGACGACACCUUGCUCCUGCACCUCUUGGAAGAGGGUGAACGUUUACAGAGUGCGGCGGCAUCUGUUCAGGGGCCCUGUGUAGGAGUGUUGGAGACAGAGGCUAGUGAGUGCAAAGGUCAUGCUUUGGAGGAGACGCAUGCUGUGCAGCGGGAUGAAGAGCUUCUCCAAGGCUCGUCAGGAAAUGCCAUCAACAUCGGGGACACUGAUUUGGUUUUGCACAGCGGGUCGCCACUGACGACGCAAGAGGGUGACAUUAAGGGAGGUUAGUGGACGUUUGUGGAAGGCAAAGACCGUGGGCAGGAAGGACUUGCAUGGACGUUUGGGGAAGCUCG